GUUUGCCACAGCCCUGUGGGUCAGCUCAGCUGCCCGUCACAGAUCUCAAAGCCACAGGAGGGACCCAGCCGUCUGCGCCCGGGACAGCCACGAGCCUGCCACUCUGCGCGCGUUGCCCGGCGCAGCGAGCUCCCCAGGCGGCCUGUCCACCGAGGAUGAGCCGUCCCCUACCAAAUUUUCAGGACAGCUCAGGGCUUAGAAGAGGGCUCAACUAAAUAAAGGCCGGCUAAAGUGACAUUGUGGGGAUUUAAUCCUUCUCUGGCUGCCUGUGUGACCAAAAGCUGAUUUACAAGACUCUUCCCUUCUGGAGUUCCGAUCAAGUUCCCAGGGUCAAGAGAAACACGAAAUGAAGGUGAGCGAUGAGCACCCGCUGCAGGGACUCGGGGGGCCUCCGAGGGGCGUUUACACUCUGGAGGGCAAAACUGUCUGGUGACACAGGGAAGUAACAGAGCGGAGCCUCUGUCCCCCACCCCUCCUCCAUCAAGGCCACCCAACACGAAGCAUCAGAUUCCACCUCAGGAGGAGUUAUGGUAACUGAACGUACAUCUGCUUGUACAGCCAGAGCUUGGAAACCCAAGGUGAGGGAAGGUGGGAGAAGCCUGGACUGAGGCCCUGCUGGGCUGUGCAGGUUCUGUCGGUCACAACAAGGACUUUUGCUCAUCUCCCCGCUCCACCCGCUCUCAUGGACUCUGUACUCCCGGCCUCGGCUCCCAUUUGCCUCCCUUUCGGCCUCGGCCUGUCCAGCACGCUGCCCCGACAGUGGCUCUGGGCCGAGAUGAAGACGUGAUCCUGCAUGGACGAUGACUGCAGUGUUUGUGAAUGGAGGCGGCCUGGUGAACACACGCCGUGACCGGGGGGACCGGAGGGACAGCGUGGACAGCGGCGGGCAGGCCGAGAGCGGUAAGGAGGGUGAGGAGGGUCUGCCACGCCAGCUGACACCCUUCGAGAAACUGACUCAGGACAUGUGCCAAGAUGAGAAGGUGCUGAGGGAGAUCACGCUGGGGAAGCGCAUCGGCUUCUAUCGAAUUCGAGGGGAGAUCGGAAGCGGAAACUUCUCCCAGGUCAAGCUGGGGAUUCACUCCCUAACCAAAGAAAAGGUGGCCAUUAAGAUUCUGGACAAGACUAAGUUAGACCAGAAAACCCAAAGGCUGUUAUCCAGAGAAAUUUCCAGCAUGGAAAAAUUGCACCAUCCCAACAUUGUCCGUCUUUACGAAGUUGUGGAGACCUUAUCCAAGCUCCACCUGGUGAUGGAGUAUGCAGGAGGUGGGGAGCUCUUUGGGAAAAUCAGCACUGAGGGAAAGCUUUCUGAACCGGAAAGCAAGCUCAUCUUCUCCCAGAUUGUGUCUGCUGUGAAGCACAUGCAUGAAAAUCAAAUCAUUCACAGAGAUCUGAAAGCGGAAAAUGUCUUUUAUACCAGUAGCACUUGUGUGAAGGUGGGAGAUUUUGGAUUCAGCACUGUAAGUAAAAAAGGUGAAAUGCUGAACACCUUUUGUGGAUCGCCACCCUAUGCUGCACCCGAGCUUUUCCGAGAUGAACAUUAUGUGGGUGUUUACGUGGAUAUCUGGGCCUUGGGGGUCCUUUUGUACUUUAUGGUGACUGGCACAAUGCCAUUUCGAGCGGAAACUGUGGCCAAACUGAAGAAGAGCAUCCUUGAGGGCACCUACAGCAUACCCCAGCAUGUGUCAGAGCCCUGCCACCGGCUCAUCCGGGGAGUCCUUCAGCCCAUACCCACGGAGAGGUACGGAAUCAGCUACAUCAUGACCAAUGAGUGGAUGCGAGGGGUGCCAUACCCCACCCCUUUGGAGCCUUUCCAACUGGAUCCUAAACAUUUGUCAGAAACCAGGGCCCUCAAGGAAGAAGAAAACGAGGUGAAAAGCACUUUAGAACACUUGGGGAUUACAGAUGAGCAUAUACGAAAUAACCAAGGGAGAGAUGCUCGAAGCUCUAUUACAGGGGUCUAUAGAAUCAUUUUACAUAGAGUGCAAAGGAAGAAGGCAUUGGAAAGUGUGCCAGUAAUGAUGCUACCAGAACCUAAAGAAAAGGACCUAAGGAAAGGUUCCCGUGUCUAUAGAGGCAUAAGACACACAUCUAAACUUUGUUCGAUUUUAUAAAUCAUAUCAGACAGCUGGUAACUAACCAUGAACAGAGUUUCUGCUUUUAACUUUUCUCAUACACAAUUUGAAUGGAAACAUUUUUGUAAUUUUUAAAUAAAAUUUAAAAUUGAGAUAUGCAUAACCCCCCCCCCCCAACCCACACACACCAAAAUCUCUUAACCUAGAUGCUGGCCUGACUUGGAGUUUUUGUCUUUUGUC